GAAAUUUCUUCAAAUUCAAAUGUCUGAUUUGAUUAGUAUAAUAACAUGUGUUAGAAAUUCGGAAAAAUAUCUUCAAGAAUGUCUUGAAUCGAUCGAAGCUCAAAAUUAUGAUCAUGGUCAAUUGGAAUUGUCCAUUUAUGAUGAUGGUUCUUCAGAUCGUUCAUUGGAUAUCAUCAAUUCAUGGUAUAAUCGAUAUCGACUUUCGAAUAAUGAUGGCAUUCGAUUGAUAAUCAAUUCAAAUCCAGAAAAAGAUCAACCAAAAGGUGUUGGUGGAGCGAAAAAUCGUGCCAUUGCACAAUCAAAUGGAAAUUAUUUAUGUUUUUUCGAUUCCGAUGACAUAAUGCAUGCUGACAGGAUUAGUAAACAAUAUGAACUUUGUAAAAAUCCCGAUUGUAUUGUUGGCUGUAAAGUGAAACGUAUUCCAGAAAAUUCAACACAACGUUAUAUGGAAUGGGUAAACAAUUUAACAGCCGAUCAAUUGACGAAACAAGUGUAUACUUGUUUCGGACCGACUAUACUGAUGCCAACAUGGUUUUGUACGCGAAAAUGUUUCGAUAAAAUUGGUGCAUUCGAUGAUUCUGAUCCUAAAGGUGUUCCAGAAGAUUUAAUUUUCUUCUAUAAACAUAUCUACCACGGUGGUGGUAUCCUAAGAGCUGAUGAUGUUCUGCUUACAUAUCGUUAUCAUCAAGAGGCGACAACAUUCUCGGUUACUGAUGAAGCUAUCUGGAAUAUUCGCUUGGCUGAACUAGAGAAAAAUGUUCUAAACAAAUGGGAUCGAUUUAUGAUAUGGAAUGCAGGCAAAGAAGGUCGUCGAUUUUAUCGAUGUCUUUCCGAAGAGAAUCGUAACAAAGUUGAAGCAUUUUGUGACGUUGAUCCGAAAAAAUUGGCUAAAAAAUUCUAUAUUUAUGAGAAUUGUAUCAAAGGUAUCAAAGAAAAACCAAAAAUUCCGAUUAUACAUUUUUCCAAUCUAAAACCACCAGUUGUUAUUUGUGUAAAACUAGGCCUAACAAAUGGUCAAUUUGAACAGAAUCUACGAUCAAUGAAUCUUCAUGAAGCAAUUGAUUUUGUACAUUUUGGAUGAAUUAAAUAAUUUUUAUAUCA